UUAAAUAAAGAUUACACAACGACCAGAACCGAGUUGACAGGGGUUGUAGUGCAGGUACAUCCAUCAGGAGAAUGUGUGACGAGCUCCAUCUUGUAACAGAGCAGGAAAUCCCACAGCUGCUAGCCUGGCUUGAGCAAGAGUUACCUCAGUCUUACGCGCUUUACGGUGUUGUCAAAGAAAAUACCAGAUUAAACUGGCCAGGAUAUCAGUUCUACACCAUCGGAUGGCCAAACAUACAAGCAGCGGCCACUGGUAGUACUGACCUCAACUGUGGGUGUUAUGACUACUUUAAAAACAGAGUCUACAUUUUUCUGUACGCCCGCGACGCUAAAUCAGCGCAGGUUUUGUUGACAUCGCCAGGAAUUGUUGACUGGAACAAACCGGCCAUUUUUCAAUUCCCAGAUGCACUAACGUCAGGAAUCCAUGAAUUGUUCCAGUCAAGAUUUUCAUACGAGCUUCACGAGUUGACGUUUUACACCAUGAUGGCACCAAAGGAUGACGUCAUUACAAGCAGCCAAGUACCAGACGACCUGAUUAUCUCCCCUCUGGAACCAAAACGAGACGCUGCCUGUAUGAACUCGACCUGGUCGUAUAAAACCGAGCACUCGGAGAAAUAUAUGGAACAACUUGCUCUCCACUUCCCUUCUUGUGGGGUCUUUGAUAGGUCUGGCCAAUGUUUAGGUCACGUGGUCGGCACACCACAAGGAACAGUUGGAAUUCUUUACGUGGUUCCAGAAAUGAGACGACACGGCUUGGGUCAGAUACUGCUACGUGGGAUAUCUAAGGCUUACUUCGACCUUGACCUCCCGUGUGUUGCCUACUGUCAGACGAACAACAUCCAAUCAAUUAAGUUGUUUGAAAAAGUUGGAUUUAAGAAUAUCGACACAAUAAAAGUAAUUAGCUACACUCCAACAUAACACUACGCUGCAGCUUUCGUGUUGUGAGAUGCAUUUGACAUUCAGUUUAUAAGCUGAGGUUUAUUUAUAGAUGUGAAAGAAUUGCCAAUUAUUUUAUGGGUUAGUUAAAACUUUACCAAGUAAAAAAUAUUUCGUGCAGAACAAGGUGCCAGUUUCAAGUAUUUCUCAGAUUCACAAAAAAAUGUUCCUUAUACACGAGUUCAUUUAUGAGAGACCUUAGGUUGUAACAUUUGUAAUCAAGUAAAUACACUCUGGGAUAUC